AUGCCUUUCAGCGGCAACAAAUGGAAUGAUGGGAAGAUGGUCUCAUUUAGUGAAAUGCUCCAAAUAAUUAGAAAGCAGUGGCCUGAUUUUGAUCCUCUUCCCAAUGGGCCCAAUGAUACCUCAAAGGCAUACCAUAUCCUGGGCUUCAAGGGAUGUGUGGGAUUUAUUACCUCAAUGAGUGAACACCUCUGUGGCACGUGCAACCGUUUACGGAUAACAGCUGAUGGCAAUUUGGAGGUGUGUCUCUUUGGGAAUUCAGAGAUAUCUCUCAGAGAUGCAAUACGAAGCAAAUGCAGUGAGGAUGACUUGCUUGCCAUGAUUGGGGCAGCAGUGAGAAGAAAGAAGUAA